AUGACCAAUCAAACCCCUUUACCCACCUACGCCAAGGUACUCUCUUUAUCCCAAUGGAUCACCUAUUUUCAUCCCACAAAAGGUAUAUUCAGAUCACCCUCUUCCCAAGGUGAAUCUAUCGAACAUCUCGAUAUCGACUUGCGAUACGUCGAGCAUGAUUAUCACCAGCGCCUCAUUACUAAACCAGCUAAAAACAACGACGAGCUGUUGUUGCCCAGCGGUAAUCAAGAUAUCAACUUGCCCAGAGUGGUGGUGUUGACUCUGAGAGGUGGGGAGUAUGUCCAAGACGAUGAUAGUAGGAUGGAAUCCCUUGCAGAGGUCUUGAUGGCUAUUAAUCCCGUUGAGGUUCAUUGGGUCAACGCCGCGACUGAUCCUUCUGAACAACUCACAUUUGCUACUCACCUUGUCCAUCCUGCUAUCAUCGCUGCAGGAGAAGUUUGGUCGAGGAAUGGGUCAUUGAGGAAGCUUGUCGUUCAAGGAGGAUUCCCCGUACCCAACCUCACUGCACCCACACCAUUCUCGUUAACUCCCGCUGCUACCCCCUGUCCAUCACCUGGACUCAGUCGAUCGACUUUCGGCGCAUUGACAAUGUCUCAUUCUACUCCUGCUUCUCCCGCUACAUCCAAAUUUCCCAAUUCAGGAUUACCUGCGCUGAGCACUACCAAGCCGAAACCUGUCGACGAGGAAAGGUUGAAAGCUCGAGCUGAGAGACAACGAUUGGCAGAGUACACGUUGAAACCUAGAUUCGAGUAUGCUUUCGGAGGUUGGACAGUCGACGAGUUGGGAUGGAGACUUGAUGGUCGUUACACCCCGGCAUGUCAAUUAUCAAUCAUCACUCACAUCUUCCGAGCAUUCGGUACUUCUUUCCCUUCCUCUUCGAGGAAAGUCGACAUCGAUUUACCCUCCAUGAUCAUCUUCACCACCAUCCCUAGGGGAAUCAUCAACGAUUUGGUCGAAUUACCUUCCAAACUCCAAUUGGACGAGGAAGUAAAAGCGUAUCUUCAAGACGUCACUUUCGUUUCUAUUGAUAAAUCUCAUUGCCCCGCUGCAAGAUUGUUCGAUACAGGGAUGGAAGUGUCCGAAGAUAGGGAGAGACAGAGUCGACGUAUCAAAUCUGAAAUGAUACUCCUCCACUCUAAUUCCCAUUUGGAAUUCGACUUGGUCUCUUUGGAAGAGCUAAGAGAGGUUAACAAACCGACAUUGGACUUACCUCAACAGGGAAUUUCACCAGCUGUAUCGGAUAGCUCGAUCUUACCUGAUGAUACGGAGGGACCGACCGAGGACGAAGGUGAAGAAGCUAUCACACCUGAGAUCCUUAAUCCCUCUUUGAGUAACUCCUUGGUCUUGUAA